ACACACAUUCAGGCGCUCACACACACAGAAACCAGCGGACAGCCAGGCCAGAGUCCAACAUUUUAAACAAAUAGCCAUUGAACUCCAAUGAGGUCAUGGAUUCACCGCCAGGCAAAGAGCUUCAUCCACUUGUCGACCCUUUCUGAGGGAGAGGAAGAGGAAAAAAAUCAGCCCUGACGAGCAUAAAGACCGAGUAAAAGAAGAGAGUGAAGUUUGUUGUGGAUACACUGGGGGUAAGAGUGAAGCUUACCAAGUAAAGAAACGUGGGAAAAAUCUGCUCCUGGACUUCUUUGCAGGGAUUCCUGCCCUGCUGUUUGCCAGUUUAAAGCUAAGUUUUCAUUUCACAGAGCUUGGAUUUUCUUCAAGCCUAAAGCUGAUCUCCAUCUACCAAUCUGGAGUUGAACAGACCAGCUGAGCACCAUUAAGCAGCAACUGUGUUCAAGGACACUAUACUCUACCAAAUUAGCGCUCAGUUACUACAGAGAUGUCUCAGGAGUACAGAACGAUCCUCCUCUGUGUUUUCACUGUCUUCAUCACAUCACUGGUGCUAGGUAAGUGGUCUUAAAAUCCUAAUAUCUGAAUCAGUUGUAAAUCUAUUUUCAAGUUUAUGUCAAAACAUGCUUGGUGCAACAAAAGGAGGUUAAGCUAUGCCUUGUAAAAACACUGAAAACAACGACAUAUGGAACAAUAAGGGGGGUACAAUGUGGAGUGACAUCCAAUUCAAAGUUUUACACCAUAUCAUUGAGAUAAACCAAAAUCAGGGUGGUAUGAUCUUAUUGGUUUUAUUUUUAGGAGUGAAUUUUAAGGUUUUGUUUGUCUUAUUUUGGCGCUGUCAAAGCUGUGCAAUACAAUCCUGAGUUCCUUGGAAAAAAACUCGACCAGAUGUUGAUUUUUCAAGACAAUCUGUUUGACUGCAAUACAUUCAUCUCCAAAGUGAUUAUAACUCAUGACAUAAAAACUGAAACAUGAUCUUGUUUUAUUAAAAGAAGGUUUGGUGUGGAUUUAAGACAGUGGGCUCCUGAGCUCAGACAUGUUUUAGGCCCCCAGACCCCUCAUUUGUUUGUCUUUCUAAUGCACUUUCUUGUGUCUUUUUCCCGUGUCAGGUCUUAUUAAACAUCUCUGUUGUCGUGUUCAAAGUUCUACUCUUGACAUUCCACUUAAUCUGCUGUAAUCCGGGGUCAAGUACACUGUAAAUCAAGUGUAAUAUUUAGCUGGGUCCAACAUGGUGGUGUUGUAAUAGUUUCAGGAGCAGGACUGCACCUCAACCACAGCUCUCCCAGCACUCGUGUAAAUUUAAACCUCUUCCUUCCUGAUUAUUUCAAAGUCAUCACCCAUUCCUCCUCCAGAAUCUGUGCCAAUGAAACCUGUUGACAGUGUGACCCUUGUUUGUGACUGCGAUCUUGUUUUUGUGGUAUCAGCUUUCUACUAUGAGGCUUGUCUCUAUAAUCCAUCAGGUGUGGAGAAGAGUCAGCCGGAUGAGGAGUGCGCUGACCUGAACAACACCACCUGGCAGGAGUACCGUCAGGGGAGGGACAAACUGCAGGUUCAGUACCUGCUGCUGACCCGGAGAAAUCUUGACUGUGCUGAGGCCUUCACUCAGGAGUCUCUGACUUCAACUCAGCGAACGUCUUACUUCAACAUCUCACGCCCGACCAAAGUUAUCAUCCACGGGUACAGGUGAGGGGAGAGGAAGAAUCCACAUGUCUUCAACUACUAACCAAUGCGAAAGUGAAAUUUAAAAAGCAGUGAAACAUUUGUUUAUUUUAUUUCUUAAAAGAUACCUUUCUGGAUAUUUAAUAUGCUCCCUCAGUUUUAACCUGGUCUCUUUUCUUUCACCUGACUCCUCAGGGCUCUGGGCAGUAAGCCGUCUUGGGUGAAGGAGCUGGCCUGGUCCCUCCUCAGGGCUCAGGAUGUGAACGUGGUGGUGGUGGACUGGGUCUACGGCGCCUCUUUUGCCUACAACCUGGUAGUGGAGAACUACAAGGAGGUGGCUGUGCAGAUAUCAGUCCUUAUCAACCAGAUGCAGGUGAGUUCAACAGUGUCAACUGGAAAUCAACUAUUCAGUUACUUAAGGUGCUUAUGUACAGUAAUCACUCUUCAACUUAAACAACUUAAACACAUAUUAUCUCUGAGAUUCAGAUCUGAUUUUUGUUGAACUUGGGAAAACAUGAUUGCAAUUUGAAGUGAGCUAGAAAUGUAAAUUAUUGAGAGAACACUCAGCCGUUAAGAAUAUAUUGGUUUCGAUUUGUGUCUUUCUGAGUUACUUUGAAGAGGAUGUGGGUUCAUCCAGAAAUAGAAACUUUAACUGUCACAGGGGGAUGUCCUAGAGCGACUUAGGCUCUAGUUGUUUGAACAAACUUAAAUCCAGACAAACCCACCGGUCCAAAGGUGAGACAAAAUUCAGAAGACAUUCAACUUAGGUACAAUUCAUGUAGCAAAGCUUCACCCAGGAUCAUAAAGCAGCAGGUAAACAAAGCUGAAUUAGUGUGGCAAUUGGUAGAAGAGCUUGCACCCCCACCCAGCCUUCUGUUCUUCUUUGUUAACACCCACAUGCUUGUUAUUCAUUAGCUCAGUCCAGUGAUUACAUGCCAGUUAAACACAACUAUAAAAGAUGUGUAACAUUGGAAAACCCGAAGUUGUUUAAUUUCACUGCAAAGAUACUGCAGAGGUUUCACAGCGGAGAAAUGUUCAUGUUUAAACAAGCAUUACUGUUUAUGAUCACUUAAAAAUAAUGAUGCGUCAGGGAAAUCUUUCACAGUCAUAGUAUUCCCCUUUUGAAUGUUAAAAAAGUCAAGUUUAGCACCCACUUAAUUAGUCAUUUUCUUCCCUUAAAGUUUUCUAAUCAAAACUAAAAAUGUUGGAAUUGUCUUAUCCAACAGAAAAACGGAUGCAAACUGGAGACUUUCCACUUCAUCGGGGUCAGUCUUGGAGCUCACGUCGCUGGUUUUGUGGGGACUCUGUUUGAAGGGAAGAUCGGGAGAAUCACAGGUGAGUCUGAACCAACUCACUUGAACUGUGUAACCAUCCUCACAGUCUUAUCUGGGACUGAAAAACAAGGAAGAGUUAAAUGCAAAACUCUAAACAUACAGCUGAUUUCUUUGAUGCUUUUAAAACUUUUGAAUUAAAAAACGUCUACGAAUCGAUCAUUUGAAUUUAACACUAGCAUAUCUCAGACCUGGAGCACCUGUACUCCACCAGACUUGUAACCAUUACCAAAAACCUCCAUACUAAGAGAAAGACCUGCUGCUAUGUCUACAUAAUAAGAAAGUGAGGAAGCAAAGGAUCUCUCUCAGAGUCUGAGUAAGCAUCAGGGCAAGCCGAGCUCUUAACAAAGGACAAAACCACUUUGACUGAAGAAUAAGAGCUGAUCUGAAUCCGUGUGAAGAUGCUCAGUCACCAAAACACAAUACAGCUCUGUUAGCUUGUUUAUAUCGGCUCUUUAUGUCUGAGUGGGGAGGCUGGUGCAAGUUUGGAAAUAAUUCAGGGAAGCCACAGCUGCAGAGAGAGAUCUUAUAAAGCACACCAUGAACAGAUCCUAGAGGUGUAUCCUAAGAACCAAUCAUGAAAUAAUAUGUUAUCUAUUACUUCUUAUAUUCUAGGAUUUGUUUUGGUUGUAAGUGGAACUCUGUUAAGAUUCAAUUUAGGAAUUUUUCACAUCAUUAAAAUCGAGACAAAACCCCUUAAAAGAAAUGUUGCAAAGACUGAAAACAACCAAGUUUAGCCCUCAUUAUAUCUUCUCUUUGUUAAGUUUUGUAAUUUUUGGUUUGAGUAAGAACAUAACUAAUGAAAGAUUUUUAGUAGUUUAGUAACAGUGCACUUGUUUAGCUGGUUGAGUUCUGUUCUUUCCUUUAUUCCUAAAUGACCCAUUUGACUUUUUAAACAAGUAAUUUUCCCCCCUCAUCUUUGUCUUCCAGGUCUGGACCCUGCUGGUCCCAUGUUUAAAGGAGCUGAUACCUUCGACCGGCUGGACUCCUCUGACGCUCAGUUUGUUGAUGCCAUCCACACCGACUCAGACUGUAAGACAACUUUGACCCUCCAUUUAAAUCUAAGUGUUAAGCCUUUUUUCUUACCUUUACCACCAGAACAGAAAAAAUAAUACAGUAUAUUAAGAUUUCCCAGAGGUUUUUAUGUUUUUGGGAUGGCUUAUCCCCGGUAUGGAGAGGUUAUUGCCUCUGCAGUGUGCAAACAUAACCGUUUUCUUGAUUUUAGACAUAUUCUCACGGAGACUGAGCUUGAUUUUAACCUUUUAUACUCUUGUUUAAUUUCUGAAAUGCCAUGAUAUUAGGUUUCACAGCAACACAAUUCAGGUUUUUUUUUCCACAACAACGACUCACAAGUUUGUUCUCUCCUGCUCAUGGUUCUGCUCCUCUUCCUCAGUUGGGUCACUUUGAAAGCAGCUGACUCAUAUCUAGGAGAGUAAAAGAAAUCUAGUGUGUAAUUAUCCUCAAUUGUGGCUUCUGUUCAGCAAAAGUCCAUGAUUUGCGACCAAUUUUAUGCAAAUACUCUUAGCUUAGUUCAGCGCAGUUGUUAAAUCACAGCCUGCAGUAUAUUUUCCAGGGUUUUCUGAAUGCAAAGGUUGAUAAAUAUACUGUAUAUUGCAAAAAUCUUACCCACUGGGCAUAUUCAGGGGAUGUCUCCUUUUCCACCUUGGGUUUGUGUUCAUAGCAGUAAAAAAAAAUGUUUGGAUUUUCCUCUUGGACAUCAGAUUUUGGCAUCUCCAUCCCUGUCGGUCAUGUUGACUUCUUCCUGAAUGGAGGUCAAGAUCAGACUGGGUGUUCCCGCUCCAGGUUUGCUUCAAGUAAGUCAAACACCCAUGGAAACCAAAAUGAAAUGACCGGUUAGAGAAAAAGCAGCUGUUUUUGUCACAGUAAAUCUCAGCUUAAGGAAAGCUCAAGCUAAGUUAUAACCAAUAUUUAAAUUUUACAUGAACUGACUUGAAGAGCUUUGAAAAUGAAAACCUCCAGACCUCUGGCUCCCUCAGUGUUUGUGUGUGUUGUCAGUUCUUAUCUACUUUCCAGUGUACGGCUAUGUGAUCUGUGACCACAUGAGGGCGCUGCACGUCUACAUGAGCGCCCUGAAUGGUUCGUGUCCUCUGAUUGGGAUCCCAUGCUCCAGUUAUGAGGCCUUCCAAAAGGGAAACUGUGUGGACUGUGGCGUCUUGAAUGGCUCAUGUCCAUCUAUAGGUAAAAAAAAAAAAACACACUCAGGAAUAUACAACCUCAUCCGAUGUGUGUUAUUUACCUGUUGUUUAUGCAUUACUUAGUAACUGUCUAAAAGUAUGUAAAUGUAUGGUUGUUUUUGAAUAGUUUGAGUGUUAAGCAGCUUCUGCAGUGUCACUAACUGUAUGUAAACUGCCUCUACCUGUACUCAAACUAAACAAAACCAUCAGCAAUGAAUUUAACCAUUUCUGUAUAUAGUAAUGCAUGACAUGUGAAAAUAUUAUACUCAGAAUGACAAUCAGAACAUUACACAAAUUACACAUCAAACAAAUAGGAUAUCUUCUGAUUGAACUCAAUAUAAAACCAUAUUACUAAAUGUACAAUAAAUGACAGUAUUAUACCAUACAACAUGUUAUGGUAUGAUGCGAUAUUUGAUAUGAUACACAAGGAUAUAAUACAAUAUGAUAAGAUAUAACACUGUAAGAUUUAAUACACUAGGAUACAAUAGGAUACAAUAGAGUAUGAUAUGAUUGACCUAAUACAACAGGAUACGGUAUGACAAUAUGAUACGACACAUCAUGAUAUGAAAUGAUCCAGUAUAGAAGAAUCGGAGUAGGUUAUUUGUGGUACAACAUAAGAUUCAUUCAGAUACAAUACAAUAGGAUAUCUUAAAAAUGAUAUGGUACAAUAUCAUAUAUCAUAAGUAAAUGAUAUGAUAUGACAUGAUACAAUACAGUACAGUACAAUACAAUACGAUACCAUAUGAUAUGCUAAGAUCUGAUCAACACAAACAAUAUAACCUGAUACUAUAUGGUACAACAUUAUAGAAAUUAUUUGAUAAUAUAACAUAUGAUACAAUACGUGCGAUACAAUACAAUAUAACAUAUGAUAUGAAACAAUAUAGUAUGAUAUGAUACGAUACGAUAUGGCAUUAAUGUUUGUUGAAAUCAAGGUGAAAGAAUGAAGAACAUAAAUCAGGAGGUUCAUUGUUCUCUGUUCAGUGUCACCAGCAAACAUGCUUGGUAUCUGACUAUAGGGUUACCCACGUCAAUUCACAGCUCAGGCAGCUUCUUAUCAUUUUAACCCCUGAUACACUAAAGGACACUCACACAGUCACACAGUUCAUGUGCAUCAGAGCUCUUGAUUUGUGAUGUAUCACAACCUAAAGAAUGACCCCUACUUAUCUUUGCGUAUGUGUGUGUGUGUGUGUGUGUCUUAAAGGUUUGUCAGAAAACAGUGGAAUAACAAUAUCUCCACUCCCCAUUGAGCAGAAGGUUUACCUCCUCACUUCCUCCAAGUCUCCUUUCUGUGGUAUGUGUUUUUGUGUUGAGAGACGCAGAGAUUAUUGUCUUUUGUUACUUUGAUGCCAAUGAGUCAUGGAUUGUAACAUAGCCAAAAACUGUUGGACACUUUCUUGUUGCACAGCUCAACACAUCCUGCUGCAGCUUGAGGUUUCUCAGCUGGAUAAGAGCGCUGAAGUAGAGGUGACUUUGAGGACGGAGAGCCUGAAAAAGGAAAAGAGAGUCACGCUGUAGGUACCACAAACAGCAUGAAAUGACAUGAUUAACCUUCUGCUUUCCAAAACUUCCACAGCUGCAGAUAACAAUCUUUCAUUCUUUAAUUAUGGCCAGUGGUGUACUGUGCCAGGGUGGGGAAGAGAGCUGACAAAAAGCAACAAAACUGGAUUCUUUAAUUCUUCGGUAAAAAGGCCUUCUUUGUUGCCCUUGCAGUGAAAGUCACAAAACAUUGAUACCCUUCCAUUGUCAAAAGUGAACAAGUUACCCUCUGAAAGUCCUUCUAAAAAGUGCCCUCUGGAUACCCUACUAGUGCAUACAAUGUAAGCAAAGUGCCAUCUGAAUGGUCUCCCAGUUUGUACAAUGUAAAUCCUGACCUCAGGUUGCUCUUUUUGUGGUUAAAAUGUCAACAAAGUGCCCUCUGACUGCCUUUUUAAAGACAUUACUGUAAAAACAGUGGUUUCUGAAUGCCCUUCCACUGUUUAAAAGGUGAACCAAGUGCACUCUGCUUGCUUUCACAGUGGAUAAAAUGUAAACAAAGUGCGUCCUGAUUCCUAUUAAGGUGAAUAAAAUGUAAACAAAGUGCAUUUUGAUUGCUUUUUCAGUAAAAAAGUCAAACCAAGUGCCCCCCUGAAUGCGCUCUGCAUGCUUUCACAGUGGAUAAAAUGUAGACAAAUUGCGUUCUGAUUGCUUUUUCAGCAAAAAAGUCAAACCAAGUGCCCUCUGGUGGCUCUUCUAGUGAUUAAAAUGUUUGACUGAGUUCACUUUUCAGAACACGCAGAGUAUCCACAGAGCAUCUAUGUUUGAUCCGUACAAAGACCAAGCAGCAUUUCUGCUCCUUUGACUUAAACAAGUGAUUUCUUGUAAGUGGAUGAUUCUUAUAUUGACUAAAGUUUUGGAACCAAAGGCCUCAAAGUUUGAGAGUGAAAAAAAGGGUGAAGUUUAACUAUAGACUUCCUUUGUUCAAAUUCAGCCAAUGGACUCAGCUGCGGUGUCCUCAUCUCAGAGCUGUAGUUACUCUUUUGUUUUACCCCAGAAAAGCUGAGCAAACAGAUUCUAUUUCCAGAGAAGAUUUACUGUAUGGUGCUCCACUAUAACAGCCGGUCCAGGUGCUGGAUACAGUAUCAGAAGAGCUAAGGGAGAAUAUGUGCUCAUGGGGAGGUUCACUUCAGCUCAGGAGGACUCUUUUUUUACACGUUUCAUGUCUGUUUGUUCACUUUACUGCAAAUAUAAUGAGUUUAUGUUGAUUCAGACCAGCAGUAGGAGCCGCAGUGAGUCUGUUGUAGCUUAAAUCAAACACAGAGGGUGAUAACUGUCCGCUGUGAUAAGUGUUGGUUUAUCUCUAAGUGUCCAUCUAUCUGGUGUUUGUGACGUGUGUAUAUGUGUGUGUGUGUUUUCAGUAAGACAGAUACAACAGUGUUCAGGACAGUUUUGACUCAUCCUCUACCUCUGUGUGAGAUCCGAACCAUCGAGCUGAAGAACACCGGCGCUCGUUUCUACAGGCAGGGAGACAUCCAUGUCAAGUCUGUGUGUGUCUCUGAAAUUCCAGCGAACAGGUACACAACCUGAACAUGACACACACACACACACACACACACACACACACAAACACACACUGCUUUUGAUGCAGGUGAUGAGUAUCCUUAAUUCAAAGUAUAAUGAGCUCUCAUCAAGUCUUUUUUUUUUUUUCAGGCAUGAUGUGCCGCUGUGUGUGAACAACUUCCACAUCAGACGAGGCGCUUCAUGGUCACAUGACUAUGUGCAGGUGUGCGACUACUCUUGAAGAAAGACUGAACCCUGCAGACCUGAGAGAGCUCAAAAAGUUACAUCUCAGCCAAAGAAACACUUUUAUUUUGGGGGACAAAUCUUCAGUGCUACAGCCUGUAGCUGAGUUAUACUUUGUAAAUAAGAUAUUUAGACGCCAUUCUGACCCUCUAACUUCAUAAAACGAGUACAAUAAUACAUCAUUAGUUCCUUUUAUUUGUUUUUUAUUUUGGUCUUGUCCUUUGUUGAUCUGUUUUGUCAUUUUUUUUCUAUAAUGUACUUUCAAGAUAUGAUUUAUGGCCCUGUUUUUAAGUAUUUUUGACAUGUAGUGCAGCUAAAUUUAGUUUGUCUUUUAAAUGAGAAAAAUAAAACUGAAAAGUGUGUUUUCUCUUCUGUCUUUGA